ACUACGAACCGUGCUAACCCUACGACAACGCCUCAUUUGACCACUUCGCUCGUCAAGGAAAACUGGUGUGUCACAGUCGCCGAUGUUGAUCGGAAUGACCAUCCGGUCAUUGUCGCAGGUGGGCCUGCCGCACCAAAUGGAGAGUGUAGCUCACCACCUACCUUCUAUGGAUUUCCUUAUGUGACAAGGAGUGAAGCGGUCGUCACAGAGAAACCAUCCGACGUACCUGUUGGGAGGGCAUGGUGCGUUACCAUGGCUGAUGUUGAUAGAAAUGGGCAAAUGCUUCCGGUUGAUGCAGGUCCGGCAAUGUUGGAUGAUAAGUGUGAUGCUCCUUCAAUGUAUCAGUGGAAAGGAGGUAUGGCUUCAUGA